AUGGCUUUCAAAAACGUCCGAAAUCUGCUUCUAAUUAAUCACAACGAUGGCUUUUUCGAUGAUGAUGAAUUUGUUCUGUACGACCUCUAUGCAUCGAAAAACCUCGACUUUCCGUACGAUUCGUACGCACAUUUUGACCUGAAAGAGCUUGAUGAGUCUUAGAGUUUCGCAGAGUUUCGUUUUGGAAAACUAGAUAUUCGAAUUCUGAAGGAAGUUUUGCAAAUCCCAAACACGAUAACCUGCAGUCAGCGCUCUGUUUGUGAUGAAAAGGUCUUUGCAUGCUGCUAA